UUAUUAGUAAUAUAAAUCUUUAAGUGUGUACUUUUAUUAAUAAAAUAAACAUAAAAUAAAAUAGAAAAUACUUUGGAAUAGCACGCACUUCGCAUUUCUAUGUCUCAAUACUUUUCUAAUAUUCCCAGAGAUUUCCCUCAUCAACGCAGAGGGAAACAAAUACCAUAGGAAAUCAAAGGUUCUGUAAAAAGAUUGGAUUAGCAACAAAAUACAGAGGGAAACUGGGAUAAGCUAAUUUAAAAAACAUAGGAUUUUUAAGUAUGUUCAGAUCCUAAUAAGCAAACAUAAUAUAGAUAAAGAAUGAUUGACGAAUUUAAAAGAGGUUAAUCGAACAUUUUUCCAGAAUAAGGAACAGAAAAUGAAGUAGUGCAUUUUUAAAAAAGGGUGUUUCCUGAAUAAAUAGCAAAUCAAAAUAAUACAGGAGGUAUCAUAAAUUAAUUGACUCGCUAAGAUGUAGAUUAAUACUAGCCUUAGAGAUAAAUUCAUAAUAUUUAACAAAGACAAAGCUGUCAUGACGAUUAUGUAAAAAUGUGUUAAAAGAAAAGUUAUUAUCCUUAAUCUGAUUUAAAUUAUUAUUCACAAAUUAAAACACUUCCUGGAUAAGCUUAUAGAGAAGGAGAUGAAUAAAAACUGCUUGGUCCAGUUGAAGAAAGAAAUAGAGGUAUUGCAUCUCUCUAACAAAAAAGCUAAAUUACUAACUUACCAGGAAGUAUUUAUGGUAAAGUUGAAAGAUAACCAGAGAAAGUACCUAAUCCAGAUUCAUAUAAAGUAAGACUUCAAGAAACAACACCUGAAAUGUACAACAAUAGUAAUUUGACAGAGUACUAUUUCUAAAAGAUAUAACCUCAUAGUGUUGAGAACGCAUUACAUUGUUAAGAAGAAUAUGAUAUUAUUCCAGAUAAGGGUUUACCUAAAAAGUUUCCUGAGAAAAAAGACAAUCUAUACAGAACCACCUAUACAAACGAAUAAGUAAAAGCAGACACAAUAACCGGUUGUAGAAAAAAGAAAGCUUUUAACGAUCCUUUCCACACUCACUUCUAGCUUGGCUGA